UCUUAAAGUCACCCAUUUCGCAAUCAAUUUCAGUUGAACCUGUGCUUCUUGCAUCACAGCAUGCCUUCAAGCGCAUUUACGAUUACGCUGGGCGUUGUACUGGCUGUAAUAUCCGUCUGUCUUUCAUCUCCGGCUCACGGAAGUACUCCAGGGGGUGACAUUGAAGUUGAAGUUGGCGAUGGGAAGAUGCUUAAGCUGAAGGCAGUCGGAUGUUACAAGGACAAUGAAGACGAACGUGCAUUACGCAUUCCGUACCAUAACCACCGCAGGCAAAUAGACUGGUCCAAAUACCCAGACUUCACCGAGGUCAUCCGCGCAUGCGCAAAGGAGGCAUACGAAAAAGGCUUCACCAGCAUGUUCGGGGUUCAGUUCUAUGGAGAGUGCUGGAGUGACGAGCAAGCUGCCGCAAGAUUCAACAUGCAUCGGAUGUCAACCGACUGCGAUCAUGGUGUGGGAAAGAAAUUCACGAAUUUCAUAUAUGGAAUUUGUACGUGUAACUUUUAAAUGGUCACCGGACACCGACAAUACCAUUGCAGGAGUGAAGACAGGCCUUAUGCAACUUCGUUACAACUGUACUUGUUAUGAGAUAGGUUACUGCGAAAGGCUCUUCUUAUUUAAAUAACAUGGAAAAUUAAAUUUUAAUUCAGUGCUAAUCAAUGGUAAAAUUCUUCCCUAUUAAAAACAUUGUAAGUGA